AUGACUAAACCAUCGCACGGGUCUUCACUCCUUCAGGCCCGCGACUCUCGUUCCCAUUCCCAUUCCCAUUCAUUCUUUCACCGAUUUCGACAUCGCCUGCUCCAUGCGCAUGACCCAGAACAACGGUCCUUCGGCGACGACGCAGCUAGCGACAACGGCUUCGGGCAUCACCUCGGAGCCAACGUCGAGCUGGACUCUUCCAACAAUGCUCUCGCCAAGCGCGAUUCGAGCGAAACUACCCAACAGGUUGCCGUCAAUGCUACCAUCUAUUCGCCGCCAAACACCAUUGUCGUUGAUCCCCAGUCCGGCAAAACCAUCGAUACUUCUAGCGGCCCUGAAUCGACUGUAGCCCUUCCGGGGCCUACCCCAAGCGGGAGCGGUUAUUCCUCCUCGUCUCUCGACUCUGCUACGUCAACAUCGCUGGGCCCAGUUCCCACAUCUACUACACCUUCGUCUGCCACUGUCAAACCCGCCUACCCAAGCCUCCGUAACGAUAUCAACUACCGAUUCGUCAACCACCUCGGAAACCAAGAGUACCUCAAAAUCUACCCACUCCACCCACUUGACUUCGUCGGCCUCUUCGUCCUCCUCUUCGUCGUCCCCUUCUUCGUCCUCCUCGUCCUCCUUAUCGUCGUCGUCCUUCUCUUCGGCCACGACGACCGCACCGGGCAAUGGCUAUGGCACGAUCACGGUUCCCGGCAGCCUGCCAACAACACAAUCGGAAACCGGCUCCAGCAGCGGAGACAGCCUGACGCCACAGCUGAAGCAGGGGGAGCAACCUCGCGAACCCUUGGAGCUGGCACACCGGGCGACAGUGGGUCAGGAGGAGCCAUGGCGGAACGGGCAGCAGCCCCCGGAGCCGUCGCCGCGGCUCUCGCCAGCCUGACGGGAAAACGAGCUCCGCAAACCUCACAUUCUGCAGACAGCGGUGAACGGGGAUUCUACCGAGUUUCGGGCAGAAAACUUCCAUCGGUGUUGCACAACGGAGGAGAUGGGUAUUCUGAUCCUAGAGGAAGCGCAACCAGCGGCAGUUCGGACUACUAUCGAGGCUCGCAGGCAUUUGAGCCAACAUCUGCGGGUAAAGGGCAACUGGCCCUGGGAGUGCCCAUGCGACCUGUCAGCGGCGUCCCCAUCAUUCGAUCCGGCCCAGCAAGGAUACCUAUCACCCAGAACCCGUUCGCCGAUCCGCCUGCUUCAACUAACAACUUAUCAACGAGGACGCUGGGAUCCGGCGAAAGCCCAAGAGCUUCGGGGUCAAAAUUUCAAGAAAAAAUUUAG